UGUGUCCAAAUACCGACUGAGUUCUCUCUCUCUCUCUCUCCAUCUCUCCCUCCCUUCCUCUCUUCGUUAUAUCCCCGCUCACCACAGCUCGAGUAUCAGUUACCGGGUCCCGACCAAUCCCCGCGCGCUGUCUGAGCUCGAGAGGAGACAGCAGCGGAGAGAGAGGGGAGAGAAAGAGAGAGAGCAGCACACACCCAACCAUCUAUAUAUCCAGCGUCUAUCCUCCUUCGUCCCCUUUCCCAGCACACAGGCAGCUCCAUCUCACCUCUUUUCCUCCCCUCACCCGCCAGGUCCUCCUGACUGCAGCUGUUUGGGUCAACCGGAGAGGCGCGAGGCAGGAUGCGCGAUGGGACAAGCGUGCGGACACGCGCUCCUCUGCCGUAGCCAACCGCCGUCCUCCGAGAUACGCGGUCAGCAAGUGUUUCUGCGUCCUGAGGACAGUUCAGCUCCAGCCCUGACUACCAGACAGUCCACCACGUUGUCCGAACAACUCCAGAACCAGAAUCUGCUUUAUUGCCAGGAUGCUUUGCUGCGGCUGGCGGCUGUUGUUGACGCGCGCUCGCUGCGAGUGGCCCUUCGAGACAGCAUACAGGAGCUGCUACCCAGCACGGAGUGUGUAUGUGUCUACAUGCUGGAGGGAGACUCGAGGCUGCUAUCUGACAACCCGCCACAUGAACUCCCACAGGAGGGAAAGAUCAGGAGUAUCGCGGAGCAGCUGAAGCGAUGUCAGAGUGCCGGCCUCCCUCUGUCCGAACUGCCGGAAAAAUACAGAAUCUGCCUCGCAGCACCGUUACCAGCACACAGAAGAGCUGUUGUCAUUCCUAUCUUGGACCAGGAGCGAGACAAGGCCAUCGCUGUCUUACUGGUGGGCUGUAAUCCGCUAUCUGAUCAGGAUGAACUGCAUCUUAAUAUGCUGGAAAAACACGCCUCAGUGGCGUGUGUGCGUGUCCAGGCUGUUCAGACAUCCUACCAGAGGCCUCCUCUCAGCCCCUCUCCCGUACAGUCCCACAAUGCAUUGCUGCACCUCAAUGUCUCGGACCAGGACUACUCCGAACUGGACCGCAACAUCCUGCAACUCUGCGGUGAGCUCUUUGACCUUGAUGCAGCCUCUCUCCAGCUCAAAGUCAUAAAUUAUCUGCAACAGCAGACUCACUCGCAGUGCUGUUGUUUGCUGCUGGUGUCCGAGGACAACCACCAGCUUUUCUGCCAGGUAGUUGGAGACAAAGUACUGGAGGAGGAGAUCAGCUUCCCGCUGAUGUUUGGACGCUUUGGUCAGGUUGUCGAGAAGAAGAAGUCAAUUACUCUUCAGGACAUCAGUGCUGAGGAGCGGAGGCAGCUGUCCAGUAUGUUGGGCUGUGAGAUCUCUUCCAUGCUUUGUGUACCAGUGGUCAGCAGGGCCACUGGUCAGGUUGUGGCGCUAGCAUGCGCCUUCAACAAGCAGGGUGGGCAGAGACACACAGAGGCAGAUGAGCAUGCAAUCCAGCACUGUUUCUGCUACACUUCAACGGUCCUCACUUCUACAUUGGCCUUCCAGAAAGAACAGAAACUCAAAGUGGAGUGCCAGGCGCUCUUGCAAGUGGCCAAGAAUCUCUUCACACACUUGGAUGACGUGUCAGUGCUGUUACAGGAAAUUAUAGUGGAGGCCAGGAACCUCAGUGAUGCAGAGAUCUGUUCCGUGUUUCUGCUGGAUCGUGUCAGUCAUGAGUUGGUGGCAAAGGUGUUUGACGGGGGCGUGGUUAGUGACGAGGAGAAGGAGUUCCGUAUUCCAGCAGAUCAGGGUAUUGCAGGUCACGUGGCGACCACUGGCCAGAUCUUGAACAUUAAGGACGCCUACUCCCAUCCUCUCUUCUACCGGGGCGUGGACGACAGCACCGGCUUCAGGACUCGCAACAUCCUCUGCUUCCCCAUCAAAGAUGAGAACAAUGAGGUGAUCGGGGUGGCUGAGUUGGUGAAUAAAAUGAAUGGGCCGUGGUUCAACCGCUUUGACGAGGACCUAGCCACAGCUUUCUCCAUCUACUGUGGUAUCAGCAUCGCCCAUUCUCUGCUCUACAAGAAAGUCCAUGAAGCUCAGUUCAGGUCCCACCUGGCCAAUGAAAUGAUGAUGUACCAUAUGAAGGUUUCAGAGGAAGAGGUGUCUAAGCUGCUGGUGACAGGGAUCGAACCAGUGACGGAGAUCGACCCCUGCUACGCUGAGUUCACGUACACGCCCCGUUCCCUGUCUGAUGACGCCACACCCAUGUGCAUCCUCAGCAUGUUUGAAGACAUGGGUUUCAUCAACACAUACAAGAUUGACCUGCACACUCUCGCCAGGUUCUGUCUGAUGGUGAAGAAAGGCUACAGGGACCCUCCCUACCACAACUGGAUGCACGCCUUCUCGGUCUCACACUUCUGCUACUUGCUCUACAAAAACCUAGGGCUGUCCAACUACCUCGAGGAUAUAGAGAUUCUAGCUCUCUUCGUCUCCUGUAUGUGCCAUGACCUGGACCACCGUGGCACCAACAAUUCUUUCCAAGUCGCCUCACAAUCUGUGCUGGCUGCUCUCUACAGCUCAGAGGGAUCUGUGAUGGAGAGACAUCACUUCGCCCAGGCCAUCGCCAUUCUGAACACUUUUGGCUGCAACAUCUUUGAGAAGUUCUCCAGGAAGGACUACCAGCGUGUUCUGGAUUUGAUUAGAGACAUCAUUCUGGCUACAGACCUGGCUCACCACCUUCGCAUUUUCAAGGACUUGCAGAAAAUGGCUGAUGACGGAUACAACCCAAAAAGCCGUACCCACCGCUCCAUGCUGCUGUGCCUGUUGAUGACAUCGUGUGACCUGUCAGAUCAAACCAAGGGCUGGAAAACCACACGCAAGAUUGCUGAGCUGAUUUAUAAAGAGUUCUUCUCUCAAGGAGAUCUGGAAAAAGCCAUGGGGAACAGGCCCAGUGAGAUGAUGGACAGAGAGAAAGCGUACAUCCCAGAACUACAGAUAAGCUUCAUGGAACAUAUCGCCAUGCCCAUUUACAAGCUACUAUCUGAACUCUUUCCUGGGGCCACUGAGCUGUACGAGAGAGUGGCAGCAAAUCGGGAGCAGUGGACCAAAGUGUCCCACAAGUUCACCAUCCGUGGGUUGCCUAGCAACAACAGCCUAGACUUCCUGGACCAGGAAUAUGAGCUGCUGCAGUCCCAGGGUGCUUUUGGGAGCGACGACCACUGCCUCAAUGGUUGCCUUGAUGAUGCAGAAGGAGGGAGGGGUCAGUGACAACAGCGGGGUUGGCUGACGGUUUCAUGAAGUUUUCUGUGGUCCAAUAAGAGGCUGAGGAUACCUUUUUCGCGACCUAAGAGGGAGGGAUCCCUCUGCUGUCAAUCACUUAGAUGCUUAGUAAGCCAUGCUGAAUGGACAGGAUAAGUGAUUUGAAAUGAGUGGAUCCAUCUGAGCCGGUUCAGUGAUGAGAUGCUACAUGUGGCUUGUGUCUCCAGUUCAGGAAAGCAGAAGGUGGUGACUUUAUCUUUUUCAGCAGCUAUACUGGAAAAAUAAGUCUUGACCACAAGUCACAAGUUCAUUCAAAGAGUACUGAUCCUGAUUACGAUUGUAAAAACACACACACAUACACAAUGACACACUUAUGUACAUGCACAUACUGUUUAUACACGCAACAGAGAAAAAAAAUCAUUCUUAUGGAAAAAGACUACUUCAACAUGUAACAGUGAAAUAAAGUGCUAAACUUUCUGUAAAAUGUUCCAUAAUAGCUUGUAUUGAUUUCAGUGGCUCAGCUUUGUUUUCACACAAGCAGCUGCCAAUCCUUCACCUGAUGCUUAUGAAUGCAUGCUGUAUGGACACCUCAUGUAUUAUUCCUUUUUAUCUUUGUCAGUUUUUUUCUCCAUGGCUAAGAAAUGAAUGCAGUCCAUUUUUAUACCACCAGAACAGAUUUUUGUAUUCUGCUCUUCAAAGUAUAUUUAAUUAAUUCAUUGCCAUGAAGUUGUAUUGUGGAGGUUUGUUUACUUACACAGCAUUAUAGGCCUCAUGUGCAUUGACUCACUUUGCCUCAUUUUUGGGAGGCUUAAGGGACAGUUUGACAAUCAAUGACAGAGUCACAGAUCCCAGGCCACAACAUCCCAUGCAUAAAACAUUGAAAACACACACCCUGUGCAUUUUAACUGCAUGUCACUGCAUCAAGCCUGCAUCUACAGCUCAAACAAAAGCCAAUCAUGACCUAAAACACACCCUUGCUUUAUUUUUCUCAGCCAACCUUCCCAUUCCCUUGCACCUUUCUCACCUCCCUUUACUUUUUAGUGUACUGAUCUCAUCAUAAACUACAUUAGACAGAGAGCAACCGAAGCCCUUUAAAAGAUCCAUCUCAUCUGUUAGUGUAAAUGUGCCAGAGUAGAGCGUGUUAUAUGGACUGUGUCAUAUGGAUCUGCCUUAUUGCGCAUCUUUGCUGCCUUUCUUAGAGCUUU